UGUCGGCACACGACGGCCGGGGGCGCCGCCGGCCUCGGCCUCGGCCCCGAGACCCGACACCCUGCACGCACGCCAGCCUCGGCCGGCGGAGCGGGGGAUGGGGCCGGGCCCGCCGCCGCCGCCGCCGCCGGGCGCGGGGUCAGAGGGCUGCCCCGGGGUGUGAUGUUAUUUCCUGCCUUACUGUACAUGACGUGUUGGCACUCGGGCCGGGCCGUGGGUCUCCGCGUCAUGUGAGCUUGUUGUACAGUAAAGAGCCAGCAGCAGCAGCAACAUGGCAGCGGCGCUCGCACCCUGAGAGCCUGGGCGGGCUGUCACUCAGCGACCAAACAGAGCGCUCGCGCUCCAUUGCUCAGCUCCCCCCUCCUCCUUCCUCCUCCACCCGCCGAGUCUCUGUAACCUUCAGCAAGUGUCAGCCUUUCCGACAUGAAGGAGAAACAGAAGAAAAAGAAAGGGCGAACCUGGGCGGAGGCAGCACGAACGAUGUAUACUGGAUGCUCCUCAUAAGUGCGGUUACCACGCGGGAAUGCACAUAUGAAGCUGACAUUGCUGUACAUCUUUAUCAGGUACUGGAGAAGUACCGAAACACACCAAUGAGCCACAAGGAGAUCCUACAAGUCAUUCAGCGUGAAGGAUUGAAGGAGAUCAGUGGCACCUCUCCAUUGGCUUGCUUGAAUGCUAUGCUUCACACUAAUUCUAGAGGAGAAGAAGGUAUUUUCUAUAAAGUACCUGGUCGCAUGGGAGUCUAUACCCUAAAGAAGGAUGUCUCAGAUGAAAUGAAGGAUCUAUCCGAGAUGUGGGAAGACAGCAGUGAUGGCCAAUCGGACUCGCAGAGCAUAGAGAGCAACGAGAAAAAGGAAAAGAAAAAAAUCUCAUCCAGGUUAUCACCUCAACCAGCCUCGCCUCAGGAAAGCUGUCCCUCUCCUUCCAUCACUCAGAAUAAGGUUAUGUCUCCAUCCCAGAAGCACAGCAAAAAGGCUCUCAAGCAGGCUUUGAAACAGCAGCAACAGAGAAAGCAGUGUCGCCCUGGGUUAACUGUGUCCUCCAACUCGCGGCUUUUGGUGAAGUCUGUGAAAACCACUGAUCAGGCAGGCUCUGAGACUGGUUGGGAAACAAAGCAGUCAGACGGAUGUUCAACAAAUCCUCAGAAUUCAACCUCCACUCCAUCAGUAUCCAGUAAAAUGGAACAAGCUCUGUCUGGGCUGGGCAGGAAACCCACUCAGAGGUCUGAGAGACUCAAUGCAAGACAACUGAAAAGAACAAAAGCCAUGGACAUUGAUGUUGAAACACCAGAUUCCAUUCUUGUGAACACAAAUCUGCGGGCUCUUAUCAACAAGCACACAUUUUCUGUUUUCCCUGGUGACUUCCAGCAGCGUCUCCUCCUCCUGCUUCCUGAAGUGGACAGACAGGUGGGUACAGAUGGCUUGAUGCGCUUGAGCACUUCAGCACUGAAUAAUGAAUUCUUUACUUCUGCAGCCCAGGGUUGGAAGGAGCGGCUUUCAGAGGGAGAGUUCACUCCAGAGAUGCAGUUGAGAAUACGACAAGAGAUAGAGAAAGAAAAGAAGGUGGAACAAUGGAAGGAAAUUUUUUUCGAAAACUAUUAUGGUCAAAACUCUGGGAUAAGUCUGGAAGACUCAGAAAAGCUGACUGCAGUAACAAAUAAUUUGGAGGAUCGUCCCGCAUCCAAACAAUGCCCUAUCCAGUUGGCUGCACAUGAUACCUCUCGCAAGGCUGGGACAGAGACUGAAGCAAAAGGAGAAAAGGAUGACAAGACAGGAACCAAAGAAAUAAGAAUGCUGAAAGAAGACAAGACUGAAGAAAAUGAGAAGUCACCUGUGUCUCUAGAGCAAUGUAAAACCAAAUCUUCAAUUAUUAAAAAUCCUGAAGAAAACUCCUCUGAGAUCAGUACCGUGUCUGAGGUAAAGGUGGAGCACGCACAGAGUACUUCAGCACUGAAGCAGGAUAAUCAAGCAAUGGGAACAAGCUGUGUUGUCUCCCCAGAGCCUAAAGUCAUGGUAGUUAAACCAGAAGUGGAGCAAACUGAGUCCAAAGUGCAACCCAAAUUGGAAAGCUUGGAUGCAAGUGAAAAUAAAAAAUCUGAGACUGCUGAAUCUGUGGAGAGCAAAGCCCAUGAGCUUUCUAAACAUGACCAGCUUGUAAAAAUGUCUUCUGCAGAGGAAAUGGAAGUUACUGCAGAGGGUCUGAAGAGGAAGUCUACCAAUGACCGAGAAUCUGUGCUCAGCCCUGAGAAAAAGCCUCGAGUUGUGGAUCAUCUGUUAUUUCGGACCCCACCUAAGGACUUUCCCAGGAACGAAACUGAGCCAGAAGAACCCAAAGUCCCACCUCUUAAGAUACCGGUCUCAAGGAUCAGACCCGUACAAACCCCAACUGGUCAGGUCUCUCCAAGGGCCACUUUCCCACUGCCCGUCACUAGUCCAGGGAGAACCUCAGCCAGGACUCUGGCCGACAUCAAAGCUAAAGCUCAACUCGCCAAAGCACAGCACGCAGCAGCCGCAGCUGCCGCAGCCGCAGGUGGAGCCGUUCCGGGCCCGGGUCCGGGAGGAGGGAGUGGAGGCGGAGGAGGUGCGCUCACUGGGACAGGGAGCCAUAGGAACUCAGGACAGUGGAGUGCACUGGACCUGGACAGAACUGGAGGCAGGAGAGGUACUGGAGGUCCCCUGUUUGUUUCUCCAAGAGAGCAACCUAAAUCGAGUUCGGAGGCGACGAGCGAGGCAGGAGCCGGUGUGGAUCCGAGAGCACAAUUACAGCCGGCUGCCGUGGCACAGUGCAGAUCUGCAGUCAGCAACAUGGACCCCAGCAAACCCGCAUCCCUAUCAACACCAGCAUUAACAUCACCAAUUGCAGAUGAAGCAAUAUCGGUCGCUGCGCGAGCACAUUCGCAGGCGGCCCCACUGAUGGCAUGUAUUACUGCAAGUAAAACUUCUCCUGCCCUUUUUCAGGCACACACUGUAAACCAGGUUUCCAGUCCAACUUUGAGAGAAGUCUUGAAACUUGCACCUGCUUUCAAAGAUUCAGAAUAUGCAAGGGCAGAAACUCAAAGCUCAGGAAAUUUUACAGUGCACAAUAAACCGGGCGAAGGGGGUAAUGAACACCCUUCGGUAGGUUCCAGUAACAGAGAAUCGAAUGUGGACAGAAAGCAACCUGCUGAAACCCAGCUGCCACCCCUUUCAUUUGAUGCACAGAAGAACCUCCAGCUGGCAUCUUCAGCCAGCGUCUUCACCACAGCAGGUAGUUGUAAUAUGGUAGCAGCCAGAGGCACAACUGGGACUUUAAAGGUGGCCCCUCCAGUUUCUGAAGCCAUUGUGAAUGUAGAGAGCUGUUUUGUUACAUCGGUUGCAUCCACGCCAUUACUUUGCACCUCACAGAAUGCAGCCAGCCUUAAAGCGCAAGUGGAAACCAUGCCAAAACCGAGCUCGUCUAUCCCUGCAAACAAUCCACUGGUGACGCAAUUGCUUCAAGGAAAAGAGCUGCCUCUGGAGCAAUUUCUGCCUAAGACGCUGACCAAAGCAGAGAUGAAACCUGUGUAUCAGUUACCGCCAAGUGAUAAAGUGAGGGCAUGUUCUGAUGGCGCAUUGUUGGUAUCUGUCACUGUGGGAAGUGCUACCACUGUGAUUCACAGGUCUGGUGAAGGAACCACUGAUCUUAUCAAAGGGAGACGAUUCCAAACAAUUACAGAACACGGUGUUGAAUCAAUUGCUCAGCAGAUUCAGCCGGAGCAGUUUGAACAGACUUCAAAGGACAGUUCUACCAGUGAAGAGCCACAAAGCAGGGACUCUGAUCAAGACAGCAUUCAAUCAGAGUUGUUCAACAGAUCGCAGGAGCGAAUUCUGCCACCCAUACUGAGCAACUUGCCAGGUCAAAGCCUGCCUGCUGUGUCAGAGUCAUUACAGUACAAGAUCAGCAGCUUCCCCUCUGGAGAUGCCUCUUUGGGUCAAAGAUCAAGAUUUGGUUUGAUGGGGACAAAGUCUGCCCUUAAGCCAGCAGUGUCUGGCCAUUACCUGCUUAAUACGGCAACCUAUGGGAGAGGUUCUGAGAGCUGGAGGAGGGCACAUGCUCAGGCCUCGGAGCCUCAGGUUGCUGUGAAUGGUCAGGCGGAAACUUGUGAGAAGGAAGGCAGGGCAAAAGCGGCCGAGGCUGGUGCUCAGCAGACACCAGAGUCCAGUCAUCCUCCAUCUGCAGUAAUCAAGACAGAGCAGGACUCUACCCAGGUGGGUGACAGUGUUUCCUGUCCCCAGGCAGGUUACUUAUCCAGUGGGGGUUUGAAGCAGGAAGCAGUUGUGCAUGAAUACAGACACACAGGAAAGGAGAAUACUCCUUUACUGCCUCCUGCCCAAGUGGCUGGUGUACCUGUGUUUAAAGAACACCAUCAAGGAACCCAGGCAAACCUGGCUCAUUCUGGUGGUGGCAAACUGUUGCAGAGUCAUCAGGAUCCCAACAAAGCAGCCAGUUUCUCUGUUGGAUUUCAACAGUCUGCCCAGCAUCAACAAAAGAUUCCUGCUUAUGGAAACCGUGCAAGUUCCCAGUUUGCAUUCAGACCUGUUCAUAGUGGUAGUAACAACAUUCCUUCUGUUUCACCUGUAAAUCAUUGCUCCAUUGUCAAAGGAAUGUCAGUGUAUAGCCAAGUUUCAAACAACUCUGGAAAUAUGGUGUCAUUCUCAGUUACUGUGACAACACUUCCUGCUGGUCAGUCAGUAAAUACCAGCACUCAUGGCCAAUCUGCCCAGACUUUUUCUGAAGGUGGCAAAAUGGAGGACUCACCUUCCAAAUGUUAUUGUAGGCUUAAAGCCAUGAUUAUGUGUAAAGGAUGUGGAGCAUUUUGUCACGAUGACUGCAUUGGACCAUCUAAGUUAUGUGUUUCCUGUUUAGUGGUACGAUAGGUAACAUGGUUUCUUUUGUUUAAAACAUUACCUGAACUGGCAUAUGCCAUGCACAAGAGACAUGUACAAUCAGGAAAAAUUUGUAUCGAUUUUAUUAACAGUGGCACCUUGUUCUAGGCUUGACUGGUAUGUGUUAAGUGAGACAGAGUUUGCACUAAAGAUCAUGUUCAGAUAUUAUUCAUCUAUUUUUUUCAAAAAAACUUUGAACAGAAGCAAACAGGGUAACUAAUAAAAAUUUGUUUGAUGUUAUUUAAAUGCCCACAUAUAUUAACAGGGGCCCAGUGAAUUUUACCUUUUCUCCCCGUUUUGGCCACUAAUGAAAUUAAUUUGAUGAGGCAUAUUUGAAAUUUGCAUUGGCAGUGCUGCUCAUUUACCUUUCCCUUGAAAUGAGACAAAUCAUCCAGCGUUAACCGGGGUAAAAAAUUUUCGGCUUGUCACGAGGGAUGGCUGGUCUGUCAACUUAAAUCUAAAUCUGCUUGGUAGUUGCUCUGCGCUUAGUUUUACACUUAUGAGAUUGGCAAAUGGGUAACGCAGCUGCAAUAUCCAAAUAUAGCCAAAAUCAUAAGUCUCUGAAGUCAGUUCUGAACUAGAAAUCAUGGCUGAUGUGAAAUUAAGGCAAAAUGAAUGAACUGUAUUACUAUUGACUUUAAAUAAGAGAAACUCCAUCAGGCAUUAAAUUUUAAAAGCUGUCAGGUUGUGUUUGUCAAUCAAUAAAAGCCGAGAUUAUAAACUGAAGGUUCUUUGGCAAUGGCCAAUAAAAUUUACAUCAUGGUUUCAUCAUAUAAAGAAAACCCCAGGAUGAUUAGAUUUUAUAUUCUUUCACAGUAUUUCUACGCUCCUCUGAUGAUCAGUCCAAUGACAAUGACAAAAUUGGAGUGAAUUUAUUAUAUAAUAGAUUUUUAAUCUGUAUUUCCUGAAAUAAUUACAGGGUAAGUGGCACUGAAGAAAUUCCAGAUUAUUACCAUCAAUUUUAAUGAUUUUAUUUAAGUGUAUGCAUUAAAAUAAUUACAUCCCAGAAUGUCAGUGGGAAAAAAUAUUCUCUGUUACAAUAUACAGAUCCAAGCCCUCAAAUAGAGUACCACUUGUCCAGUGUUUCUGUGAAAUGACAAAAGUGAAGCUCUUAAUUUCUGAAAGGCAAACAUUUAAUACAGAUAUUACAGCCUCUGAAGCAAGAGAACAUAUCACUGAUUAUAUCAGCAAUAAACAGCACAGUUGCAAACUCAAAGAACUGGCAUACUAAUCUUCCUUAAUCCUUCACCCACAGCCAAAUCUAGGCUUUGAGGUUAAUUACCAGGAAUCACCAAAGCUCUUUUUACCAACACUAGUGAAACCUGCUAACAUACAAUUGUCUGUGGAUAUUUGGAGAUUUCAGAUGACAUUUUAUGAUUUUUGAAGCUGUUGACAACGAUCCAAGCAGUUUAACACCAAAAAGGGGGCCAACUAAAUAACCCACUUUCUCGACAGUGUAUGAUUUUUUUUAAACCCUUUUCCAUUCAGUUCAAGGGAAAUAAGACUUCAGUUGGGUGAUAAAGCAAAAAAAACACCCUUAACUGUCACUUAACUGAAGACUAGCUACACUUUUUUUUAUUAUUUCUAUUGGUUUUGGUUUAAAAUAGAUUGUAAAAAUAGCAUGAUUUCAAUGCUUUUGUUGUCUUUAAAGACUUUUUAAUAUUCUGCCUUUGUCAUGCAAUUUUUGGAGGGUCUUUUGAGUUAAUAAUGGGGCAAAUGUAAAAAUAAAUUAGACUGAUAUAUAGUUUAAAAAAAAGACAGUAAUUUUUUUCACAGAUACCAGUAUAGAAAUCACUAUUUUAAAAUAAUAAAGACUUUUUAAAGAAUUUAAAAAUGAAAUAGAUGAUUCUUACUUUAUAUUGGUUGCACUUCAUAUUUUAUGUUUAAAGAAAAUAAGUGGCAAGAUAUUUAACAUUUACUUCCCAAACAAAAUUCACCCAAUAGUAGGUUUCAUGGUUAGUAACAUGGAAAAUACUCCAUACUUACUGUAACUGUAUCAACCAAUGUUCUUGUCAUAGAUGCAAUUGAAUUAUUGAUAUAUUAUGUCACUUGUUUUAAAAAAAAGAAACAUAGAAUCUUUAUUUCUGGUAUUGUCUUUCUUGAUACAGAUUAUAUUUUUCUCUUAAAAUUAAGAAACUGUUCUUUUAAUGGAGAAUGUAUAUUAGAAAUAUAGCUCCUGUAUGAAAUGUAUUUUAUCACCAGAUAAACAGCAAAUAAAGAUGGCUGUUAUAUCA